AUGGCGGAAGCUAUCGGAUUAAGCGCGUCAGUUAUUGCUUUUCUUGGUCUUGCUGGCCAGCUCGUGCAAGGCUGCGAAUAUGUCCGUCGAAUAAUUGAUGGAAUCAAGGAAGCAGACGACGAUGUCCGGGAACUUCGAAGCGAAGUGAGCUCUCUUGAACUCAUCAUUGACAGCUUUCGCAAUGUUCUUCAAGAUUUGGAAACUUCUGGUGUUAAGUUGACAGCGAGUGGUCGGAUGCAUGCAGUUCGAUUGGUUUUGAAUACAGCGCAAGAAGCUGUGCAGAAUCUAAUAAAGUUCAUUGCGACCAACAAGUUUUCCGGGAGGAAGAUAAGUAAACUCAAGUUUGUAGUUAUCAAGCGGGAUCUUAACUCUCUAGCCUUGAAGCUUGGCGAUUCCUCGAAUAUUGUCAGUACGAUCCCAGCACGGUUGAAUGAAGUGCACGUAGCUGCAUGCAAUACAAAGGAAGCCGUUUCUACAUUGAAGAGUGAUCUUUGUGCAAAAAUCAAUGACCUCUGCAACGCGGUCGACGCAAUUUCAGCGUCGAAAUUUACUGCUUCUGCUACGACGGUGUGCGAAACAGUCGGUCAAGUCCAUGAGGUGGUUCAAAAUGCCAGUACAGCAAACGAAUUCAUCGAAACGUUAAAGGCCACUUCAGAGGGCUUGAGGUUAUUGCCAAUGGGCAUGCCAACAUUUGUGAAAAACAUAUUCCGCGAAGUCUUGUUGGGGUUUCAUCUUGAAACCAAACACAAUCGAGAUUUUGGGGGGAUUGAGUCUAUACAAAUCUUCAAACCUACUUUGGGAACUGGACCUCGACGAGAAGUUGUCCAACAGCGUAUCUUAGAAAAGAAAUACUUUCGUGCCAUUGGUAUAGUGACUGUGCAGUCUAUCAUUACAACCUUCAAUGAAUUAGAUACUAAUUCCGUCAACAUACGAUCACUCACUGUCACUCAGACAAACGUGGAUUUGUUCGCAAAUCCGGAGUUACUUCAGCUGGGUAUAUGUUGCUCUAUUGUUGAGCAAGGAUUCGCUAUUUCGUCAUUUGCUCCCGAACCCGCCUUACGAGUGUAUAAUAUAAUCGACAGCAACGCUCCAAUCGUCAAUGCCUGCAUUUCUGGUAACCUGGCAGAGGUUAGAGAGCUCUUUUUAAAUGGACAUGCCUCGCCAUAUGAUCGUUUGUGGGCUGAGAGAUCUCUCCUCGAACUAACACUGCGCCAAAUUAUCGAAGCUUUUAAGUAUCGAUCUAUUCCCCCGCAGUGCGGUAUCGAAGGACUGCUAUCCGUCUUUGAGGAAUUGGUGCACCAUGGUCUGGAUCCAGGAGUGCCAAGAAUAAAGGAGGAAAGAGCUGAUCGAUCGCCGCUCAUGACCAUCGCUACUUUGUCACCAACUUCAAAGUCAGACACUGAGUCGCUGCUGCAUUUGGCGCGAAUUAUAAUCAAGAAUAGUACCCACGCUCCAAUUCCAGAACAUGGCUUGGAGAACUUGGAUUGGCAAGUGCAAAUUGAUGGAUUUUAA